AUGUUUUCAUCAUCAGGGCUCAAAAGGAAGGAGCAGCCAACACCAACGCCCGCAUUGCAAAGUGAAGGCGAUGUCAUGAAAAUUAAACCACUCGGCGCUGGCAAUGAAGUAGGAAGAAGUUGUAUUUUAUUGCAAUAUAAAGGAAAAACUGUCAUGUUGGAUGCUGGCAUCCAUCCAGCUUAUAGUGGUUUGGCUGCUCUGCCAUUCUUUGAUGAAAUUGAUCCCGCUGAUGUUGAUUUGUUGCUUGUCACCCAUUUCCAUCUGGAUCAUGCUGCUUCAUUGCCAUACUUUAUGGAAAAGACUACUUUCAAAGGCCGUGUGUUUAUGACGCAUCCCACCAAGGCUAUCUACAAAUGGAUGCUUAGUGAUUUCGUCAAAGUCAGUCACGUCGGAUCCGAAGAACAACUAUACGACGAACAAGAUCUCAUAAAAUCCCACGACAAGAUCGAAGCCAUCGACUACCACCAAGAAACCGAAGUAGAAGGAAUCAAAUUCACUGCCUUCAACGCAGGCCACGUGCUAGGUGCCGCAAUGUUCCUAAUCGAAAUAGCAGGUGUACGAGUCCUCUACACUGGCGACUAUUCUCGAGAAGAAGACCGUCAUUUAAUGGCGGCCGAAAAACCAGCAAACGUAAACCCCGAAGUCCUUAUAUGCGAAUCAACUUAUGGCGUACAGUCACAUUGGCCCAGAAUGGAACGUGAGGCCAUGUUUACGCGGCUCGUACACGAUAUAGUGCAAAGAGGUGGACGGUGUCUUAUUCCUGUGUUCGCAUUAGGACGAGCACAGGAGCUGUUAUUGAUCUUGGACGAGUAUUGGCAGGCUCAUCCGGAAUUGCAUUCGGUUCCUAUUUAUUACGCUUCGUCGCUGGCCAAAAAGUGUAUGGCUAUAUAUCAGACGUAUAUUCAUAUGAUGAAUGCUAGGAUUAGGAAACAGUUUGCUAUUUCAAAUCCGUUUGUGUUUAAACAUAUAUCGAAUUUGAAGAGCAUGGAACAGUUUGAUGAUGUGGGGCCGUGUGUCAUGAUGGCUUCGCCUGGAAUGCUUCAAAACGGUCUAUCAAGAGAGCUGCUCGAGCUAUGGUGUGUUGAUAAACGUAAUGGUCUUAUUGUGCCUGGUUAUGUCGUGGAAGGAACACUUGCAAAGUCGAUAUUAUCAGAACCAGACGAAAUACCAACCAUGACAGGUGGCAAACUCCCUCGACGCUUAUCCGUGCAUUACAUAUCCUUCUCAGCACACGUCGAUUUUACUCAAAACUCGGCCUUCAUCCAUGAUGUCGGUGCACCGCAUCUCGUACUGGUGCAUGGUGAUUCAAAUGAAAUGAAUCGAUUGGCUCAAGCUAUGCGAUCACGGUUCCAAGAACGGGAUGAGUCUGUUACUGUAUACACGCCCAGGAAUUGUGAGGAUGUGGAUUUGUAUUUUAGGGGUGAAAAGAUGGCCAAGGCAAGGGCAAUGCCAGCCUCAAUGCCCAAACCAGGCACAAUAGUAUCAGGAGUCCUGGUACAACGAGAUUUCCAAUAUCGUAUCGUAGCACCUGAAGAUCUACCUGAAUUCACAUCCUUGUCUACCGUCACCAUUCGACAACGACAACGAGUGCCAUGUCGUGCGCCAUUCAAUCUAGUGAGAUGGCAUCUUGAACAAAUGUGGGGGUCGCUAGAGUAUGUGGAGACUGAAGAUGACGAGGAGGAGGCCGUCAAGGUAUUUGAUACCGUGACUGUUUCACAACCAGCUUCUGGCAUGGUCAUGCUUGAAUGGGAAGGCAAUUCAGUGAAUGAUAUGAUUGCAGAUUCCAUACUUGCUGUAGUGAUGCAAUCAGAGAGUAGUCCUGCUUCAGUCAAAGCAACGAAAUCAUCACACUCCCACCACCACGAGCACCAUGACGCUGAUGAACCUCACGACGAUGAAACCGGUAAAGUAAAACUAAAACGUGAAGCAGAACCACCGGCCAAAGUCAAGAUCGAAAAACAAGGACUCCAAGUAUCAUCAGACGAAGCACAAACCAAGCUAGAUGCUGAAAUGAUGGAUUUAGCAACUGAAUUCCUAAUCAAGCAAUACGGUGACGAUGCAGUUACACCACAACCUGAUGUUGAUGCUGAUGGAAACAUUGUUGAAGUGCAGUGGACUAUUAGUGUUGAUGAUGUUACAGCUGUUGUUACGUGGCACAAGGAUGGGACCUUGCAUGUUGAAUGUGACUCUGUCGAAUUGUCAAAGCGGGUGUCGUCUAUUAUGGCGAGAGUCAAGCGGACUCUGUCGCGAGUGGUUGAUACUUGGCAAAUGCCAUAA